GAAAAAGCGUCUAGAGGAGUUCCGAUGUUGCAGGUGCCCGUUGUAAACUAUACUUGGUAACGGUAAGGAUUAACUUCAUAAUCGCGUUAUUGUGCAGUAAUCCAAAUACUCAUAAGAUUAAUUAAUUAUGCCGCGAAGAGGAGGAAGUGAUAACGGAUCAGAGAAUCCUGAACUGGUGGGGACUUUUGAGACACUUCGUGAUGAGGGCGAACACUUCGUUCACGUCAAGCAAUGGCAAAAAGCAAUCGACAGCUUCACAAGGGCCAUUGACAUGAACCCUGAGGACAAGAAAUGUUAUGUGACGAGAUCAAAAUGCUGGUUACAACUUGGCAAUGCUGAGAAUGCUCUUAUUGAUACUGAGGAAGCCCUCAAACAGGACAAAGAGUACAUCCCAGCACUAUUACAGAAGUCAGAGGCAAUGUACCAGUUAGGAGAUUUUGAAACAGCCUUAGUGUAUUUUCAUAGAGGACAUAAAUUAAGACCAGAAUAUCAAGAAUUUAGACUGGGAAUCCAGAAAGCACAGGAGGCCAUCAACAACAGCAUAGGAAAGCCAGAUUCGGUCAAACUCACAGCAGAAGGUGACUUGACUUAUUUCUACAAACAAGAAGAGUUAUUUCCAACGGAUGAAAAGGCCAAGGCCAAAGGGAAGAAGACUGGUGGUACCUAUGGAAAACCAGGAGCCAAGAAAGAGGCAGCUAAGGAGAGACAGAGGCCCCAGGGGAGUGGGGACCAGAAGACCAUCAAGCAGCUGCUGGGCGAGCUGUACGGUGACAAGGACUUCCUGGAAAAACUACUCAGUGAAGACAGUUUAACAGGUGAUAACAACCCCACAAAUAAAGGCAUUAGAGAGAAGAUCUAUGAUGGGCUGGAGUACUUACAUAACCGAGCAGACUUCUGGCGGCAACAGAAACCAAUGUAUGCCCGUAAACGGGACAAGAUGAAGCAGAGACAGAGUGCAAAAGCCCGCAACCAGGACCCCACCAACUACCUACUCCGGUGUCUAGAGGAUAUUGAUGAUGAUCAAACAAAGGAGCGAUAUGAGGAGAGCUUACAGAAAGCCAAGAAGACGUUGAAGACAGUAGAAAGCAUGAGUGAUGAUCAAUUACAGAACAAGGCCGAGAUUCUUGCUAAUCUCCACAGCCAGAUAGGAAAUGCUCAUCUCGAACUCGGCAAACACAAUGAAUCACUCAAACAUCAUGAAGAGGACCUCAGGAUUGCCAAAGAGAAUGAUUUGGAGGAUGCCAGGUCUCGAGCCUUGGAUAACCUUGGAAGAGUCCAUGCUCGAAAAGGAAAUUACGAGAAAGCCAUAGAUGUAUGGGAAGAAAAAUUACCCUUGAGUAAAUCUCCACUAGAGAGCACCUGGUUGUACCAUGAGAUUGGACGUUGUUACCUGGAGCUACAGAGAUUCCAAGAUUCCAGAGAUUUUGGAGAGAAAGCCAUACAGGCCGCAAAAGAAGCGGAGGAUGAUGGCUGGCAGCUUCAUGCUAGUGUCCUUGUAGCUCAGUCAGAGGUGAAAUUAGGUGACUUACAGUCAGCAGCAGAAUCGUUUGAGAGAUCGUCAGAACUCGCUAAAAAACUGAAUGAUGCUCCAGCAGAGGCAGCUAUUAAAAAGGCAAUGGAGGAGGUGAACAACCGGAUAGUCCAGGGUGUGAAGGACGGAGACGAGAAAGAGGACGACAAGGGGUCCGUGAAGUCAGAGGGGGGCAGGAAGGGCGCAACCAGUCAAACUUCAGUCAAGGGAAAUGAGAAAGAUCAGGAUGAAAAGAGGAGUAAACAUAGUAAAGAGGAUGGAGACCAAGACGGCCGAGAUGAGGAUUACCCUGAUGACUUUGAACAGGACCAGCAAGACAAUGGCAGUAAUCAGGAGUCAAACUCGAAACCUGAACAGACAUCAAAACAGGAGAGCACUGAGUCAAAACCCGAUGAAAAUCCAAACGCAAUGACAUUAGACAAUGGCAGAAAUCAGGAGUCAAACCUGAAACCUGAGCAGACGUCAAAACAGGAGAGCACUGAGUCAAAACCUGAUGACAACACCAAUACAGAGGACAAGGACAAUGAACAGACAGAAGCAGCAAGCCCUACACAACCGCAGUCUCCCUCAAAAAUAAAGCCCUCCACUAGUCCCCAGUCUCCAACAAAAUCAAAGCCCACUGCUAGUAAAAGGAAAGAGAGCAAGAAAGGAUCUGAUAGUAGGAGAGUCAGCAAGGAGUCGCAGAAGUCCACAAAGAAUGCUCCUGGUCACAAGAGUGAGGCACAGAAGAAGACGUCCAAGUCCUCCUCAAAAGGAAAAGCUAGUCCUCCAGCAAAGAAAAGCAGCACUCAAGAGAAGACAGAGUCUACAGAAAAGGAACCAAUGGAAGAAAACUCAAAGAGAAAUGAAAUAGAUGAUGAAAAUGACGAAAUAAGAAAGGUGUCGGAGGCCAACUCUGAAGUUAAUUUGUUUGAAAAUGAAGAAGACAAAAAAGGUCAUUCUCAAGCCAAACCAACAUCAAAGCCCAAGAAGAAAUCUUCUGUGGAGAUGCCACCCAGAAAGAGGUCUUCUCCUAGUCCAUAUGAACAAAAUUCAAAGACGACAUCCACUACUAGUACAAAAAGCAAAAAGAAUUCUACAUCUAGCAAUGAGAAAAGUGAAGAGAAGUCCAAACAAGAGACAGAUGGGAUAGAAGAUAAGUCAAAGGUUGAUAGCAAAGAGGAGCUGGCACUGGACAGCAAAGACAAAAAGCAAACUGAGGAACUGCCAGAACAGAGUAAAUCAGAGGAAAAUGUGUAUGAGGAGAGAAAGGACGGGAAUCAAACCGAGCGGAAAGCCGAACCAAAGGAAAGUGACUCUGAGGGAAAUAUAAUGCCCUCACAAGAUGAAACAAAUGUACAAAUGAUCAGUGAUGAAGAUUCAGCAGUGCCAUUAGUGACAGCAGACAAGGAUUCUAAAGUAGAGGUCGAACCUUAUGAUACAGAGGCCUCAGAGAAAGGAUUAGGUUACUCCCACCCAUUUGAAAUCAAGCAGAAAGAAAAUAAAGAGACUACAGAGGAGAAAGAAGAGGCAGUGAAAUCUUGAGACGGACCUGAUGUGUAUAAAACGAACAUUUUUAAAGACAACAAUUCGAUGGAGCCUUAGAAGUACAUUUAUUUACGCAGUAGCCAGUUUAAGGGAGGGGGGGAUAACAUAUUUUGAUCAAACAUUUGCCACAUUGUACUGCUAGUAUCGCAGGAAUCUGUUGUGAAAGUUGCAUGAUGUUUGCAGCAUUAAGUCAACUUCAAAUAAUUUUUCAUACAUUAAACCUCUUCUAAAUUUUCACUAAAGCAAAAUAGUGUUUUUAAACUUUUUGAUUAAAGUUUGGUGCAUGGAAAGGGGUCAUGAUAUCUGUAAAUAUAUUGUGAAUUUCUAUCUGAGAAUCAGUACUUUUAUUUCCUAAAAUCUACUCGAGAGUUUCCAGGGGCUUUACCCUAAACCUGCUGGGAGAAUAGAGAUGCCCCUCCUUCUCCAUCAUAAUACUGGAUCUGUCACUGCUACGCAGCCUUUUUAAUAGCAUAACAUUUUAUUACCCAAACUGAAACACUGUUAUUGUAAAUUUUAUUGUAUUCAGCUCAUCAAUACAUGUAGUAGGUACUAUGAAGCAUAUUGUUGAUGUAUUGAUUUGCUAUAAAAUGUUUUGUAUACUUUUAAUAUACAUAUUUUUUUUAUUUUUUUUUUUACAUAUAUGUGCUAGAAAGCUGUUUGCAUUAUAUUCAAAUUAUGUGCACAGUCUACGCAAUUUGUUAAUAAAUUUAACUAAUUUUU